AUGAAGGUGGACGAGCCACCCCUUCUACAUCCUCUUUAUAUGAGCAUCUCCAGCCAUCCAGACUUUGGCCCACAAACACAUGCGAGACGAUCCACAACAUUGAGUUUCAAACGACAGCAACAUGCGCGUCACCUUUACCACAUUGACUCCAUCGAGAGGCAAGACAUCCUAAGUAUCCGGAGGUACGUUGACCAGCAUGGCAGGGAAAUUGGCGUGGUACAGUCCCAGACUGCAAAUUCUGGACCAAAGGGCAGUUACCAGUGCCGGUGGAUUCACUUACAGACUACAUACCGGACGCUACAAGACUUUCAGACCUUUGUGGCGACGAUUGACUCUGUGGACCAGGAUGAGCGCAGUCUCGCAUCCAUUCUGCUGAGCAAAGUGACCGCAGAGCUUGAGCAAGUUCAUACCAACGGAAAUUUUCUGAAACCAAGAGCCGACCGAUGCGAUGGCCACAGUGGCACGGACCCAAGCAAAUGGGCCAUUUUCUUAUCCACGCCGUACCUGCAAACCGGGACGUUGAGCUCGGAUUCCGAUGCUCGUCUAGAAUGCUAUCGUCCACAAACCCUUUUCGAGUAUUUUUACAGAGGCCAGGACACUACACUACGAGAUGCAAAGCAAAUGCUCAGGACGAAACUGGGGAGGUCAGACAUUCUUCGCGUACACAGUUUCUGGGCACUGCUGUUCAGUUCAGGUAUGACCGCCCUCGACGAUGCCCAGCUGUCUUGUAACAACUGGCCAGGUACUCUCGUCACGAGCUCUCCAGCGCCCGUCGAUAAGAUGCUUGGGCCUUCUAUCCAGGUCGAGGAUAUAUCACAAGUCGAGACUGGUGGACCCCAGAUCAUCCGCCUAUUGGAUCCGACCGACCGAAAUUUCUUCAUUCCGUUGGAACAGUGUCGGACCUGGUUUGCCAUGAUGGAUAAAGUCGUAGGGCUGUGUGGUCGAAGCUUUGGUCAAAGAGCUGAGAUUUACCAUCUCAGUGACGAGGAAGGGAAUGAAAUCACCGCGCCGGAAUGGCAGCGGUUUCUCGGCAGUCAAACUGACUUCAGCUUUACGGUGCGUGUAAGUGUAUACCUUCACGAAGCGCCAGGGGUUCCCGGUCUUCCUGGCAGCGAUUCCCUCAGAGAUCGAAAUGAGACUAGCGUUCUAUCCCGUCAGUCUGGCUCCGAUGACCCACGGUCAAGAAGAUCAAGGCCAAGACGGGCGUCAAAGAACAUCAAUGAGCCCACGGUGACCAACAUGGGAGCCAGAGAAAAAAGACAUAAUCAGUGCGAGCCAGGAAAAGCAGAUCAGGAGAGGCGGGAUCAGCUUGAACGUGAGGUCGCCGAUGUGUUUCGGCAGGACCAGUCCAACCCUUCUGAGACAGCCUUUGAUGAUGCCGCCAUGGACCACUCGAAGGAUCACAGUGCAGACCACAAUGAACAGACAGGCAUACCCUUCCUCCCGAAGGGAGAAUCCGGGAAGGACAUUGUAGACUCUCCCUCCGAGAUGACAGAGCCUGAGGCCAAUGAAGAUAAACAUCCUCAGCAGUACCCAGAAGCGAGAAAGAAAACUUCUACCCGCAGGAAUAUCCGGGGUACUUGGGCUGCAACGCGACCUCCUUAUCCUACGAUCAACCCCGUCAAAACCGGCAGCGUGUCGACCAGACUACGAGAGUCGUAUCGCGGCAAUUCCUGGGCAUUGGUUCCUUAUAAGAGGCCCAGCGGACCUGGCGCCCGAUUGGGCACAGCCUCCCCCGGCCUUGUUGGCCAUGCAAAAGAAACGCGUCAAAGUCAUAGAAGAGCAUCUUCGUCAUAUUAUCCAGAACUCCUGCGAAAUCGAGACGCCAGUGCUCUCGUUCCCGGGGAGGACGGAAUCCGGUCACAAGAACGGGAUCUUAAGACACGGAGAAGACGUAAGGACCCCAACUAUAUUGUGCGGAGUAUCCCGAAUAUUGUCACGAACGUUGCCCCUUCCCCUGGCAAAUUUGACCAUAUUUUUUACUUUCCCAGGCAUAUCGUGGAAUCCUCAGGUGUCCCUGUGGGUGCUCGAGACACGGCUGAGCGGAACGGAACAACAGGCAACACAGCUGAAGGAGACAAAACACUGGGGUUCGCCGCGGAACCCCAGACUCGCCCGCAGGUAGAAGAGGAACGGCGAAGACCAGCCUGGAAAUCAGAUCCAAAUAAGCCUGACCAGCUACAACCGGCACCGCCACCGGUUUUUCUCUGGCCUAUUGGAUCUGUAAAAGGCCAAAAACAGAGCAAAACCUCCGCCACUGCCGCCGAUAAAGCCAACAAGUGUCAGCAAAGUGCCACGAACAGGCCGGACAGUGCGAGACUCGGUGACAGCGAUGGCAAUGAAAGCAAUACUGGGAACAGUCCGGAUCUGCGGGUACUCAAUUUCGUCUUAAAACAAAUCCACUCGGAUCUGACCCAGGGAAAGCGAAUCCAAGCUCAUAAGCCUGGUGCCUUUAGUGAGAAGGAGGCCCCAAUCUAUAAACGUCUCCUCGAAUCAUCAAAAGACGCGGUCGCAGCGACGGUUACCAGCUUCUGCGAAGCCAGUCCAACAGUAAAAGCGGAAGACGAAAUCGAAUCGACACAUGACAUCUUUGUGCAAGUCAAGCUGUGUUGCGAUAUUCUGGUUGAACCGUUGGAAUUCUUCCUUCCUCACGAUUACCCCUCUGUGGUGGUCAAGAAGUUCUGGUACGCCGUCGACGAAUGGAUCCAGGGGCUGCAGCGGUUGAUAUCUGCAAAUGAUCAGCCACCCAAUGCCACCGCUGUAAGUAAGCGUCACCCGGGUCCCGCAAGAAGUCCCGACGUCUUCUAUGUUGUCAGGGCCGACUUGGCCCCUCGAAGUGUCCAAGAGCCAGACCUGAAGUAUCCCGAACGCGAUAUCAAUCGUUGUGAUGCGUGCCGUGCCAGCCAGCCAUACUCCCAGCUUGCGAACAUUCUCGAGCACCUGCAGAAGGAGCAUUUCCUCUCGGCGACGGAAUCGGAGAAAGGCCUCAAGGAGUGGGUCAGGACAGGGGACCUGGUUGACGGGUUUCAACUGCAAUGUGAUGCCAGAAAGGUCGUCGGCAUUGUGCUGGAUCACUGUGCAAGUUUGCGCGCCUUGAAGAACGAAAUCGUUACGGGUACCUGCCACAACGGAAAGUUUGACGACUCGACGUAUAGAUUACCCAACGGCCUAGUCAAAGGUUUUGAACGGAUUCUCAUGAUGGUGUCGUAUUCAGGGUACGCCGUGUCGUUCGCGCUCAAAGCGUACCAGAAGACGUCUCGAGGAUUUCACUCAUUCGUCGCACCUGACCACAUUAGUCACAUCGUUGAGCUCGGGUAUGGUGCUGAAGGGGCAUUCGAGGAAGCCCGAUCCAAUUUGAUGCUGAUGAGCCGGGCCAAAGAAUUUUUCACCGGUAUCCAGUACGACACCGUUGGUCCCGAGUAUUUCCUGAUGUUGCUGCUGGGUGAUCUUCAAGACAGGGCGACCAGCAGACAUCCACUGAACCUGAUUGGCAUGUAUCGGGAACAAGUUAAUCAUCUGCACUACGAGGUGAACAACCGACCGCGGCGUCGUCUCCUGCAAGAAAUGCAGAACCUCCUAGAAGAAGCUUCUGCAGUGCAGGCUCUUAUGGACCAGGCAUGGGAGGUCCUGGGUGACUACGAGAGAAUGCUCGCACCGAAGGGAUUCAAAACAACAACCAAGACCCGCGAAGCACUGUACUGCGACUUUGAGAAUCCUCUCUAUUCCAAAUUGAGGCAGAAUUAUUACAAAGACAAUAGAGGACCAGGGCAAGCUAUUCUCGUGUUCACCAUUGUGACUAUCGUUUUCCUGCCCAUGAGCUUCGUUUCGGGAUUCCUCGGCAUGAACACCCAGGAUAUCCGCAACCUCGGGGAGGGCCAGUGGAUCUUCUGGGCCACGGCAAUUCCUGUGACCGUCUUUGUUGUCGUCCUAGCUGUCUGGAUCGGAUAUUGGAGCGAGUCGCUGAGUCUCCAGCUCUGGGACAUGAAAGAAAAGUUGCUGAUUGCUUUCAAUCACGCAGAUGACGAACGGCAGCAUCCAGCGGGAAAGUGGAAACCGGGGCACGACGAUGAAUCCACGGCGGCGAGUGGAUCGAACGAACCGGCUUCGUGGACCAGCAAGCUGCGAGAGGCCGUCCACCAACACCUACUGCCCUGGAGAGACAGCGUGAGGCGGGGGGAAAUUUCCCACAAGGCGAAAGACGAGCACAAUGAGCAAGUUUGA